GGGAGGAGUGCUGAGCGGGAGGCGGAGCGGGGCCUGGAGGGCGGCGGGCGGGCCUGGGCCUUUGAGGUGUCGGGAGCUCGCGGCGCUUCGCGGAGGAGCGACUGCGCGGAGGCGCGGCCCGCCUCCCUCGCACGGCCCCGCAGCGCGUCCGAGCUGGGCCGAGGCGCCGGGGAGCAGGCCAGGCAGCCUAGCGGGGCCGCGGCGCACGUUGUAGGAUGAAAACUAGUUCUGGAAAAAAAGAUCAGUUUUCAAAUACCUUCCUUGGGCCCCCACUGGUGGCUCCAAAAGCCAUUCCACUGGCUUCCUGGGAGUUGCCGAUUGUCUUUGAAGAAACAUGAAGUCACAUUCUAUUGUUAUGCUUACUCUAGCCAUCUUGGUGUUCCUGACAUGGAUCCCUGGGUCCCUGAGUUGUAACAAAGCACUGUGUGCUAGUGAUGUGAGCAAAUGCCUCAUUCAGGAGCUCUGCCAGUGCCGGCCUGGAGAAGGAAAUUGCUCCUGCUGCAAGGAGUGCAUGCUGUGUCUCGGGACCCUCUGGGACGAGUGCUGUGAUUGUGUGGGUAUGUGUAAUCCUCGAAAUUACAGCGACACGCCUCCCACUUCGAAGAGCACAGUGGAGGAGCUUCAUGAGCCGAUCCCCUCUCUCUUCCGGGCGCUCACCGAGGGAGACACGCAGUUGAACUGGAACAUCGUUUCCUUCCCUGUUGCCGAAGAACUGUCACAUCAUGAGAAUCUGGUUUCAUUUUUAGAGACUGUAAACCAGCCACACCACCAAAAUGUGUCCGUUCCCAGCAAUAAUGUCCACGCACCUUAUACCAGUGACAAAGAACACAUGUGUACUGUGGUUUAUUUUGAUGACUGCAUGUCCAUACAUCAAUGUAAGAUAUCCUGCGAGUCCAUGGGGGCAUCCAAAUACCGCUGGUUCCAUAACGCCUGCUGCGAGUGUAUUGGUCCAGAAUGCAUUGACUAUGGUAGUAAAACUGUCAAAUGUAUGAACUGCAUGUUUUAAAGAAAGCAAA